AUGGAUCCUGGCUAUACCACUUGGGUUUUUCAUGGUGAAAGUCUAAGUGAUGAUGUUCAAUAUGAAGAUGUGGAAAUGCCCGAGGCAAAUAGGUUGUACCAUGACUUUUAUUUCCAAGAUGAUGAAGUUGAGGGGUACCCUUGUGAAAGUAAAGAGGCAGAAAUUGAAAAUUUUGUUAGAGAAGUUGAAACUCCUUUGUUUCUUGGUUGUACUAAGUAUACAAAGAUGUCAGCAAUUGUAGCUUUAUUGAAGUAUAAAGCAACAAAUAGUCUAACAGAUAGUGCUUUUGAUGAAAUGCUUCAAAUUUUUGGUGAUAUGCUACCAAAAAAUAACACACUUCCUGGUUCAUUAUAUUCAACCAAAAAGAUAUUUAAGACAUUUGAUCUUGGAUAUGAGAAGAUACAUGCAUGCGUGAAUGAUUGUUGUCUAUUUAGACAUGAUCUUGAGAUGGUAGAGGAAUGUCCUAAAUGUGGUUCUUCGAGAUGGAAAGUAAAUCAACGCAAUUCUAAAAUUGAAAAGGGAGUCCCUGCAAAAGUAUUGCGUUACUUUCCAAUAAUACCGCGAUUGAGGAGGAUGUAUGCAAUAACUGAGACAGCUGAAAAAUUAAGGUGGCACUCAACACAUAAAAGUCAAGAUGGUAAGAUGAGACAUCCUGUUGAUUCUUUGGCAUGGGAUAGGAUAAACAAGAAGUGGUCUUCUUUUGAAUUAGACCCUCGGAAUAUUAGAUUUGGCCUUUCUACGGAUGGUUUUAACCCUUUUCAAGAUCUUAGCUCUAGAUAUAGUUGCUGGCCAGUUGUUUUGGUUACAUAUAAUUUGCCUCCUUGGUUAUGCAUGUCUAAGGAGAGUUUGAUGUUGACUUUACUAAUCCCAGGUCCAAAACAGCCAGGUAAUGACAUUGACAUUUAUUUGGCACCACUUAUAGAUGAUUUAAAAGAUCUAUGGAAUAAUGGGGUGAAGGUGUAUGAUGCAUUUAGUAAAGAGACAUUCAACCUAAAAGCUGUGUUGAUGUGGACAAUAAAUGACUUUCCAGCUUAUGGAAACCUAUCCGGAUGGUCUACCAAAGGAAGAUUUGCAUGUCCAAUUUGUCGAAAAGACACAUGUGCUGAUUGGUUGACACAUAGUCAUAAAUUCUCAUACAUGGGUCAUAGAAGAUUUCUUGCUCCGAAUCAUCCAUAUCGCAAGAAAAUGAGUUGGUUUAAUGGACAUCAUGAAGAUAGGAGUAGACCAAAGAUUUCUACAGGUGAAGAAAUUUCUCUUGAAGUUAGCAAUUGCAAUGACUACUAUAACACCAUAUUUCUUAUUGAUUUACAGAAUCUACUUCUACGUCAUAAUUUGGAUGUCAUGCACGUAGAGAAGAAUAUUUGUGAGAGUAUUAUUGGAACACUUUUACUUAUGAAGGGAAAAGCUAAGGAUGGCAUCCAAUCUCGUAAAGACUUGGAAAAUAUGGGGAUUAGAAAAUAUUUGCACCUAAAGAAAAGAGGAAAGCGUUUCUAUCUAUCUGCAGCACCUCACACUCUAUCAAAGAAAGAGAAGGAAACUUUUUGUUGGAGGCUUGCCAAUUUAAAAUUACCCGAUGGUUAUGGUUCAAAUAUUGAAAAUUGUAUCUCCUUGGAAGAUAGUAAGAUAUUUGGCCUGAAGUCCCAUGAUUAUCACAUGCUAAUGCAACAAUUGCUAUCAGUGGCAUUGAGGGGCCUUUUACCUAAAGGUCCAAGGACUGCAAUUUUCCGGUUGUGUGCAUUCUUUAAUGAGUUAUGCCAAAGAGUUGUAGAUAGAAACAAACUAGAAAAAUUGGAGGAACAUAUUGUACAUACAUUGUGCAUGUUAGAAAGGUAUAUGAAAGUGUUGAAAGGAUAUGUUAUGAAUCGUGCACUACCGGAAGGGUGUAUGGCUGAACGCUACCUCGCUGAAGAGUGUGCUUUGCUAUGUAGCAAGUAUAUAAAGCAAGCUGCUGAUAUAGGCUCUAGAAAUGCGCACAAUGAAGAGUUUGAAAAUGGUUUACUGCUGGAAGGGCGUCCAUAUCUCAAGGAAAAAGAAUAA